AUGCAUAUUUUUAAAGUUUCAGUACUAGCACUUUGUGCAGUUGGUACUAAAGGUUUACCCGUGAAAAUUGACAGACCAAGCAACACUUCCUCAACUGCCCCAAGUGUUUAUACCGAGUACCCAAACUUUACAGAUACACCAACUAUCAAACUACCAGGCAUCAAUGAAACUUAUCCAGACUUCAAAGAUACUCCUACAAUUGUUUUACCAGCCCCUGAAGAGUCUGCUGAUGUUCCAAACUUUGUUGAUACUCCAACAAUUGUUUUACCCGAGCCAGCAAACACCAGCUCUCCAAAUGCAACACCAAAACCGCAUACUUACUCAUAUCCAGCUCUCAACUUAACAGACAUUGACCUUUCAGAUGAAAAUAAUAUUACUUUUGAAGCAAACGGUUUGAUUGAUUCAAAUGCCAAAUCUUUUUGGAAAAGUGUUGAAAAGUUGACAAAGAAAGAUGAAAUUUACAAAAGCAUGGCGAAGGAUACAGGAAUUAUCCCAGCUGAAGCUAUGAAAAAGUUCAACAAAGCUGUAAAGAUUAUUGAAAGAAAAGAAAAGACAGUCAAAUGUAAGCUUGCACCAAAUGAUUUCAAAGGUCUUUGUCUCAAUUCCAAGAAUCAAGUUGUUUACAGAAACAAUAAUAGGGCUUCAAAGCAUCUUUACAGAAGUGUCUUUAUGCCAAUUCAUGGCUACAUGACAAUGAAAGUUACCCAUCUUGUCCAAUAUUAUGUCUGUAACUGGUCAAUAUUUGAUCCAAUUAGAGAUUAUUUUCAUUGUAACUUGUGGAAAUAUGAAAAACAGUUGACUGAAGUUAUCUUUGGAGGGUUGUUGUCAUAUGGUUAUCAAGAGUUUACAGGGAAGCCAUUUUAUGCUAGAGCUGCCAAAUUGAUUAACGGCUACGCUAAAGUGGGCUAUACAUUUGCUGGUUAUAAUGCUGUCAGUCACACUGGUGAAGUUGUUCCUUUGAAAGAUAUCCCUAAAGAUUUCGAUUUGAGCUAUGUCUUCUCAAAUUACGGUGAUCCAGAUGGUAGAAAUGCUUCAUUAGCCAUUUUCCCAGGUAAUAAAGAUUCUGAGCUUGGAUUCAGUUUCAUUUCCAAGCCAUGGGAUCCUGCUCCAAAGACUAUCGCUGAAAGCGGUUCAUGGUUUGAAAUGGAGAAAUACCACUGGCAUUAUGUUAUGAAGAUUGAUACAGAAGAAAUUAACUACCAGUUGGACAAAAUCAGUCCAGAAGAGUUAUUCCAUCAAGUGAAGACCAAAGUUAUUGAUUUAAAAGAUUAUUUGUAUUAUGGUGGUGGUUUGCUUGCUAAUAAACAUAACAUUUUUUUAAAAGUUGAUGAUCUUGGUGAUGACGAAACUGAUCUUUCAGAUGAUGUGUUCAAGUCUGUUUUCAACUCAGAUUCUGAAGAGGUUUUCAGUGUUAACUUCCAUGGUAUCAUCAUUCGUGUUUCACUUGAAGAAGAUUCAAAACACACUGUUAAUUGGGACCGUAUGACGAUUUAG